AAAAUAAGUUGCAAAAAGCUUUUUUCACAAUCGUUGUAAAAUAAAUAAGUUUAAACUGUAAACUAGAAUGUCGAGUACUACGAUGUAAACUGAUAUGUUGUCAUAUCAAACGCGGUCUGGAUAUGCAUAUAAUAGAUAACCUGAUUAGUAAUAUUUGGUACAAAAUCGAUGCAAUAUUUACUAUCUUGGAGGCAACAUCGGUUUUAUAAUGUUGAUGAUAUUUAAAUGAAUGCGAUAUGAGUCUUUCUUUGAAUUCAGCUACUAGUAAUCAAUAAAGGUAGAGAUCUCGCAUUUUGAUAUUGGAUUCGGUACAUCCCUAGGUCUGUAUCCUAAGUAUUCACAUGUUGCCAUGGAUACUGGCUUGCAUGAGUCGUGUGUUGUCCUGGUGACAGGAGGUGCGGGCUUCCUGGGUCAGCACAUUAUCUCAUUGCUCCAGACACGUGCACGCCACGUCAACGAGAUCCGUAUGCUUGACGUUAAACCAUACGUCAAUAACCUAGGUCAUAAGGAGGCGGCGCCCGUGCGACAGUACCUGGGGAGUUUGACGGACGAGUUGCUUGUGGGGGAGGCAUGCCGGGGCGCCAACUGCGUCAUGCACGUGGCCAGUAUCGUAGACACCGCCAUGUUCCCCGACCCCGUCCUCUCGUACAACAUUAACGUCUUAGGGACGGAGACUGUGAUACGCGCGUGCAAGGCUGCGGGCGUUCGGCGGUUGAUCUACUGCAGUUCAUGUGAGGUGGUGAGUGGCCGGGGCGACAUUCCCGAAGGGACGGAAGACAACACUACCCCCUUCCACACAGGACAUUUUUUCGAGCCGUACGGAUCUACCAAGUACCUUGCAGAGAAAAUGGUUCUUGAAGAAAACUGUUCCUCGUUCCGCACAGUGUCGCUGCGACCGGUGAUUAUGUACGGGGAGGAAGAGUGGCGCAGCAUACACCGGGCUGUUGGCAACUACGUCAUCAAGAAGACCGGCACAUUCUUCCCCACUACGUGCGGGGGUGGCAGAGCAGAGCACGCGUACGUCGGCAACGUAGCCUGGGGUUUCGUGUGCGCUGAACACACGCUAUGGCGAGAGGACGCCGCCGCCGCCGCCGCUUCUGGACAGAGCUAUUUCCUGUGCGAUGAUUCUCCACGCAAGAGCGUGAUGGGAUUUAUUUCCGUCUUAUUUGAGGAAUCGGGGUAUAAAAUAAGCCCUGUAGCCAUACCACGUUGGUUUAUCCUAUUUGCUCUGUACGCCACCUGGUUGGUUCUUAUCCUGGUGUCGCUAGUCUACAAAAAUGUCAACACCGCAUUUGGCACCGCUCCAUUCAUCAUGAUGCCGUAUACGCUAUGCUUUCGCUACGACAAAGCUACGAAGCUUUUGGGCUAUUCUCCAAUAUUCUCGUUCGAAGAAGCAAAACGUCGUACUGUUAAUUUCAUAAAAACUUACAAGUCCAGCAAAGUGAAGCAGGAUUGAUUGGCAGUUAUUGCUGCAAUGCUAGCUGUGAGCAAUGCAAUUCAUACAACGAGGAAAUAAUGUUCCUUUUGUGUUUUGUCAUUAGAGUUCUGUAAUUGUCAGAACUUCACACAAUUGUUUAGUUAUGUGACGCACAUGCGUGUUCUUUUAAAGCUUAUAUUUAUAAAACGCAAAUUCAAUGCCAUUUUAUCUAAGUUUGACUACUUUGUCUUGUAUGUUUAAAUGCGAUGUAUAUAAAUAUGAUAUUACAUUUAGUGAUUUUGUUUGUGAUCGUCAAUGUGUUAACACAUUUGUUUAGUUAUGUGCAACAGAUGGUAUACUAUUUAAGCUUAUAUUUAUAAUACACGCACAUACAAUGCAAUUUCAUCAAAUUUUGACUUAUUUGUCUCAUAUGUUUAAA